AUGAUAAAAUCACUGUACAGAAUAGUAGGAAGUAAAUUAACGAACACAUUAAAUAUAAAAUUAAAACAGAAUAUAGAAUUUAAAUAUAACAUAUAUACGAGUGUAAGAAGUUAUAUAACAUUUAAUCAGUACAGUUUGAAAGAAGGGAAUCACAGUAACAUGAAUAAAGUAAUACCAAGUUAUAGAGCAAAAGUUGAAGUAAAUACGGGAAGCAAUUAUAUGUAUAACCAAAAAUGCCACUUCGCAGGAAGACAGAGAGGAUUGAAGAGAAGAAAACACAAGAAGGAAACAAGAAGAAUACAAACAAGCCUGGGGAGAAGACUGGAACUAUUCUACCCAAAAAAGGCGAAACAAGUGAGAAUAAGACUGGUGCAAAACGCAAGAGGGAAUCUGAUAUACGACCCAGUGCUAAAAAAAUUCUACGUAUUCUACUAUAAGCAGGGAACACAAGUGUUUAGAAGCUUCAGAGCACAAGGAGGCAAGUUUGAAAUCGCAAAGGCAAAGGCAGUCAAUUUCGCAAGACAAAUGGGCGACUUUUACAACAAAAAGAUGAUUGAAAUAAAAAGCAAGUAUAAAGGCUACUAUUUAGACAACAUAAAGGGAGACUGUGAAACGAUAAACUAUAACUUGAAGCUGCAACCGGACUGUAACCUGAGCGGAGUAAGAGGAGUGUUCUUCGACGGAAAAAAAUCGAGCUGGGUAGUGGCGUACAACGAACACGGAGUGAGAAAGUACAAGUUCUUCGACCUGAACGAACUAGGAUUCCAAAAUUCAUACACAGAAGCACUGGACUUCUUGAGAUUCCAACUCUUUAAAAACCACAAGUUCCUGCACAGAAGACACAGAACAAGAAAAAAUAGGCCAAUAUUUAAAGGAAUUAUAAAUGGCUCGAGGCGGAAUGGAAGGUGCAACACCAAAGUAAUUCAAAAGCUUCAUAACAAGUAUGUCAUAAAAUAUAAUAGACAGGCGUGA